GUUAGGUAUACCAUGGGCUGUGGGUGGAGAGGAGAGGUAGGUGGUUUCUUAAAGAUGAAUGAAAGGGGGUCUUUGUCCUGAAUUUUUUUUACUUUUAUUUUUUUUACCCACUCCCCUGCUUCCUCUCACCACUCCUCUAUCCUCUCACCUUUUGGGGUUUUUCUGGGGUGUGUGGCCAAAAAUCAUGUCCUGGGGGUGAGAGUCUAUAAAAGCCAUUCAGGAGUUGAGAUUCCUCACACUCACUUUGAAAAGGUUUCUGUCCAAAAGGAGACUGACCAGGAGAGUCCAUGGCAGAGCUGACCAUGAACAGAUUAGCGCUCCUAUUUUUCUGCUUAUAUGCAACAGCCUCACUAAUUGAUGGGAAGCCCAGCCAUAGAACAGAGAAGCCCAGGAGCUCCAAACCCGUGGUAGUAGCUGACUUACCUGAUCCGGAUAACACUGAUGAUACUCUCCUCCCUGGUGGCAGCGGGCAGUGCUCUGUGAAUGGGAUGUUCCUGUUUGACAGGGCCAUGUGGUCGCCUCAGCCCUGCUCCGUGUGCCAGUGUCAGAGGGGAACUGUCAGCUGUCACCCUGUCCCCUGCGGCGGUUCAAAUAACCAGCAGACAGUGGCUCCCAAAGCCAAGAAACCCUCCUCUAAUGCAGAGAAGAAAGAGGGGAUUCCAAAGCAGAAGAAGAGUCUCCAAAGGACAUCAGAAGAAGGAGGAGCAGGACGUCAGAAGAAGGAGGAGCGGCAUGUUACUCCAGUGAAAGUGGUUGCUGUUGUGAAAUCCAUGGCCACCCAGAACAAAAAACAAGAAGUAGCAGUGAAGAAACAGGAAGUGGCUGUGAAGAAACAAAAAGUGUCUGUGAAGAAACAGGAAAUGGUUGUGAAAACAAAAGUCAGGAAGACCGAGGUCCCUGUGGCCAAGAGGCGUGACCCGAAGAUAAACAAAGACAGCCUUCCGUACCUUCCCUACGAUGAUGACGAUCACGAUGACCAUGACCACAGUGAGCAUGACGACAUUGACGACGAUGAUGAUUAUAUCAUCAGGGCCACCGGAAAACCCACCAUGAGGUUGGCACCAAUGGGGAGACCAGUCACCAUGGCGACUGGCCGACUGGCUACUACCACCACUAGGAGACCCAUGGUGAGGGGGCCGGGACGUGCUGUGGUCACAUUCCCCAGGAGACACAGCAUCAUGGAGUCUCUCCCUGCUGGCUGCCUGCUCUCAGAGUCUCUGAUUGCCUGUGGCAGCACUGGCAUGGUCCACAUCCCCAUCCUCUCAGACCAGGGGGUCAAGACCCUCUAUCUGGCAGACAAUAAGAUCAAUAAGAUCCCUCCCCGGGCGCUGGCUGGGCUGCCCAACCUGGAGUGGCUGGACCUAAGCAAGAACAAGCUGGACGACUCCUCCAUCAGCCCUGACCUGUUCCAGAACCUGACCCAGCUGAGGAGGUUGAAUUUAGAUGGCAACAAUCUGACCAAAGUCCCCUCGAUUCUACCGCCGUCCCUGGUGGAGCUUAAGAUCAAUGACAACAAGAUCCUGGGCCUCACACCAAGCAGCUUUAAAGGUUUGUCCAAAUUGCUGACACUGGAGCUUGAGGACAACCACUUCCACGAUGGGAAUGUGUCACCUUUGACCUUCCGGCCCCUCAAGAAACUCAUCUAUCUGCGACUGGAGGACAACAAGUUCCGGGCCAUCCCCUCUGGGCUUCCUGUGACCCUGCAGGCACUUCACCUGUCGGAUAACAGAAUAGAAGAGGUGCAUGAGGGGAUCCUCAACAAGACUGUCAACCUCAGGUUUCUGGAUCUCAGUCAUAAUAGGAUCCGGGAGGACCGCAUAGCCCCAAGGGCCUGGAUACACUUGUUAAAGUUGGAGUCGUUGGACCUGUCGCACAAUAAGCUGGUGCAUGUUCCCUCCUUCCUCCCUGUGGGUCUACAGCAGCUCCACCUGCACCACAACCAGAUCGAGCGGAUCCCUGGCUACGUGUUUGGCCACAUUAAACCGGGACUGGACCUCCUUCACCUGUCCCACAACAGGCUGGCCAACGACGGCAUUGAUGAUGUGUCCUUCCUGGGCCUGUACAACUCCCUGACUGAACUCCUGCUGGACCACAACCAGCUUCGCUCCAUCCCCAGGGGGCUACUGAAGCUCAAGAGCCUGCAGCUCCUCCGCCUCAACCACAACGUUAUCAGAUACGUUCCUCUGAACUCUCUGUGUGACAUGCGCCAGAGUGACGACUCGCCCCUAGUCUCCGUUCACCUGGAGUACAACCUGAUUGACAGGCGUCUCAUCCCGCCCACCGCCCUCUCCUGUAUCAAGACCUACCACAGCAUCAUACUACGGCCCCAGAGUUACGAGGAAGAUUACCACCAUGAAGAUUACUAGUACCCCCCCUUCCUCACCUCCCUCCUUCCUUUUCACCCAUUUCUCCCCCCCCCCCCCAACACCUUGUCUGCGUUUCUCAUUACAUAAUUUCCUCUGAGUCCGUCUCUUAUUGUGAUUAGCUUAGUCAGACUUAUGACACCCAAGCGUUAUGCAACAGAUGAAAUUAGACUUCUAUCCUAAGUCUGACCAUAAUUCUAGGGCAAUGUUUAUGCAACCAGCCCUUUGUCAGUGGGCUUCAUUAUCACAAUGAAUGAGAACGAUUGUGUGUGUUUUUCCUGUUUUAAAGCCUCACUCUGUAAAGCAGUUCUAGGUUUUACUUGUGACUUUGACCUUGCUUGAUACAGUAGCAUGUAUUGAAAGAAAAAUCAUGUGUGGUUACCAGUAGUGAGAGCCAAAGAUGUCCAGGUGCCCUCUAUACUAAACUCACUGUUUUGUUGUUUGUACAACUGUUUCAACUUUGUGACAAACUUGUGUAAUGAAAAAUUGUGAAAAUAAAAAAAUCUUAGAUAAUUGCUGGUCAUUGUCUAUGGUAACUGUAAAUAGUCUUAGUACCUCAAAUAAUCUGCCUAUGUAGCACUGGGUAGAGUGUUGCGGGGUAUUUUAUUCUUAGUUGAUUCUGUAUUUGCCCUAUUAGUGCU